CCAAGAUUUUUCUGCUUUCAUUCCCCAUCUUACUCCAAAUGCCAGAGUCCGAAAUAUCGAAAAACUGUUGGCUACUAGUUUUCCUAAUAACCAACAACCAAGCGAUGCAAUUCUUGUUGUUCCCACCCUUAAACGACACGUUGAAGAUAGCACGAAAAUGCUUGAUUACAAAAAUAUCACCCAAUUUACCAAAAAUGCUCCGGAGGAACAGCAACAAGAACUUUGGAAAGAAGUAGCCGAAAAAUUGUCCGAGGAAUUGGCAAAAGGCGACCGUCCCCGCUGA